AUGGACGUCUCCAACGCCUUUCUUCACGGCCAUCUCGAGGAGCAGGUCUUCUGCCAGCAGCCCACUGGGUUCGUCGACAGCACCCACCCCGACCAUGUGUGCCUUCUCUCGCGCUCGUUAUACGGGCUCAAGCAGGCCCCACGCGCCUGGUACCAGCGCAUCGCAGCGUUUCUUCACCAACUCGGCUUCCGCUCCACCCGCUCCGAUGCAUCGAUGUUCGUGUACAACAACGGCGCUACCACCGCGUACCUGCCGCUCUACGUCGACGACAUCAUCUUAACGGCUAGCUCCACGGACCUACUGUGCCAGCUCACCGACCGUCUUUGCGCUGAGUUUGCCCUCAAGGACUUGGGGCCUCUGCACUACUUCCUCGGCAUCGAGGUCGUACGUCGCACCGACGGCUUCUUCCUUCAUCAGCGCAAGUACGCCCAUGAGCUCCUGGACCGUGACGGUAUGCUUAAUUGCAAACCCGCGUCCACGCCUGUCGACAUGAAGUCCAAGCUCUCCGCCACAGACGGUUCCUUGGCCACGGACGCGUCAUCUUACCGCUCUAUCGUCGGUGCCCUGCAGUACCUCACCUUGACUCGCCCCGAGCUGCAGUAUGCUGUUCAGCAGGUGUGCCUUCACAUGCACGCUCCGCGGGAUCCUCAUUGGGCUGCGGUCAAGCGGAUCCUCCGCUACAUUCGUGGCUGCCCCGACACGCGUCGCUCCACGUCUGGCUACUGCGUCUACUUCGGCCCUUCGCUCAUCUCCUGGUCGUCUAAGCGACAACCCACGGUAUCUCGCUCCAGCGCCGAAGCGGAGUACCGGGCUGUUGCUAACGCGGUUGCUGAGGUCUCCUGGCUGCGGCAACUCCUCGUUGAGCUCUCAUGUCCCGUCGCCAAAGCCACCAUGGUCUACUGUGACACUGUCUCCGCCGUCUACCUCUCGGCCAACCCGGUUACACUACGGGAAAAAAGCUCAGUGCCGUGCACGGGUCUUUGCCGUGUGCUUCCAGCGCCCUUUGCCGUGCGGAAGUUCUUUGCCGUGCGCCUCGCGCACGGCAAUGAAUUCUUUGCCGUGUGGCUCCGGGGCGACGCACGGCAAACCAACAGCGCACGGCAAAGAGCCAGCAUGGCGCUCGGCAAAGCAUCCCCGCACGGUAAAGCAGCCAGACGGCGCACGGCAAAGUAA